GUGCCCGGGGGCACUGGGAGCUGUAGUGCAGAGUUCACUGGGGCGUGGUGGGAGCUGUGACCCGCUGUACUGGCUCGGCCGUGGCGGCAUGGGGGGGAUGCUGGCACUGCCCCGGGGGAAGGGACCUCACCACGUGGGCUGCACGGAUGUCAUGGUGGGCCACACGCGGCAGGGCCUCUUCCUCCGCCUCUUCUACCCCUGCCUGCUCCAGGCAGGGGCCACGGAGCCGCUCUGGAUCCCACGCUCCGAGUACUGCGCCGGGCUGGCCGACUUCACCCUCCGGUGCCGCUGGUGCUCAGCCCUGCUCAGCAUCACCAUCGGCUCCUGCAGAGUUCCAGUGAGCUGGAAUGGGCCUUUCAAACCCUGCAGCAGUGGGUACCCCCUGAUCAUCUUCUCCCACGGCCUGAGAGCCUUUCGGACCCUGUACUCCUCUGUCUGCACAGAACUGGCGUCCUGGGGCUUUGUGGUGGCAGCACUGGAGCACAGGGACCACUCUGCUGCCACCACCUAUUUCUGCACUGCAGAGGCUGGGAGAGAGGAGUGGAUCCCCUUCCAACAGGUGCCCCAGGGGCAGAAGGAGUUUUAUUUCAGAAACAAGCAGGUUCAUCAGAGAGCAGAGGAGUGUGUGCGAGCGCUCCGGCUCUUCAAGGACAUCGCCAGCGGAAAAUCCGUCCUGAACAUCCUUCACCAGGACUUGGAUCUCUCCGUGCUCAAGGUACCUGGGUCUGUUGAUCUGACCAAAGUGGCCGUCAUGGGGCAUUCCUUUGGUGGGGUGACAGCGGUGCUGGCCUUGGUGAAAGAGCCCAGCUUCAGGUGUGCGGUGGCUCUCGACGCCUGGAUGUUCCCCCUGGAGAACGUGCUGUACCCAGAGGUGUCCAAGCCCGUGCUCUUCAUCAACACCGAGAAGUUCCAGACUCCAGAAAGCGUUGCCAAAAUGAAGAGGUUGAGCUCCAGGAACAGCCAGACGAAGAUUAUCACCGUCCUGGGAACCGUGCACGAGAGCCAGACUGACUUUGCCUUUCUCCCCGGGAAGCUCAUCAGCCGCAUCUUCGGCGCGAGGGGGACCCUCGACCCCAGCAAGGCUCUGGCCAUCACCAGCCGGGCAGCUCUGGCCUUCCUGCAGAGGCACCUCAACCUGGAAGAGGAGUUUGAUCAGUGGGAUGACCUCCUGGAAGGCGUGGGAGACUCGGUUGUUCCAGAAGCACCGUUCUGCCAGUCCAACCUGUAGCUGCUCCGAGGUCGGAGCUCGCUCCUUCUCACCCAGAACGAUCCGUGCAGGAGCCAGGAAGGGCAGGAGGGCCCAUGGAGAGAGCAGGAGCUGGGGACUGUGCUCACAGGACGUCAUGGAACAUGCCAGGGGAGCCCUCCCUGCUCGUGUGCCUGCAGUGAGGGCUGUGGGGCAAAGGGAAUAAAAUCCACAGGGGUAAAGAC